GGGAGCGAUCAACCUGAGAGUUUAAACAAACCGAAGAGCCGGCAGGGCAGAGCAGAGCUCACACACACUCGCUCACACACACUCGUACAGCUGCUGAGCGCUGAGGAAAUCUGCUGAGCUGAGAGCGAGGCUGAGGUCAUCACGUUUGCCUUGGCUGGUUCCACAGCUGUCCACAAGCUAAAGGUCAGGUCUCGCCCCUUUUGUGUUUUCAGAUAGGAGGCCGAGUGAGACGUCUGUACCUUCACAGCAGAGCUUAUUGAGGGAGAAGCAGCCCGGGAAGUCCCAGGAAGAAGCAGAAGGAUUAAACAGACCAGACCUUUGCCCCUCUGCAAACUUUCACCUCCCAACCCUUAUCCAUCAGUUUGCCCUCCAGCUAAACCCGCAGCACACUGACUGAAGCUAUACAUUCUCCAGGAUCUCACUCUCAGACGCUGACUCGCAGACUGAGAGGCUAUCUGGACAGUUUCCAGGGUGGCUACAGCUGUACCGAUGGAGGCCCCGACCCUCGCUGAGAUUGGAGACUUGUGCCACCCCCGGUCUUCCUCUCCAGAGGGGGAGACGGUGUGUGCAGCUCUCGCCCGUUACGAGAACACUCUCAGGGAUGCCAUCAGGGAGAUCCACGUGGACGUCAGCGCUUUUAAGCUGGGCAUGGAGCGUCGUCUGGAGGAGACAGCCAACCUGAGCAGGCCUCUUGGACGGGCCGUGGCCCAGCUCCAGCAGGAGAACCGGCAGCUCAGGAGUCAGCUGGAGGCGCUCACCCGACAGGUGGAGCUCCUGAGUGGGAUGACGUGUGACAGGAGCACCUUGCUUAACAACAGCCACAAUCACAGUCAGAAUCACAAGAAUCACCUUAGUGACAUUCAGGAGAACCAUCAGGAGAUGAAAGAGGUGAUCUACGGGAAGGGAGAGGCUCACACUCAGAGUCAGGCUCAGCUCCACAUCCAGCCCUGCAGCCUGGGGAGUCAAGCCCAGACCUACGGCACCCCUGGCAGCCAGCCCAGUCCUGCGUCCCCACCUGCCACCUUCUUAUCCUCCCCCAGCUCCAGCAGUCCUCCUGUGGGCUCCAGAGUUUCCUCCAUGGUGACGGGCCCAGUGUCAGGCAGCAGCCCCUCCACCGCCCGCUUCUCCAGCCGAGCUACAUUCGCUGUGUCCAGCAAGACUAAUAGUAUUGAGAGAGAGGAGCCAAUAGAGGUGGACCCCACCCCAACACAUGCUGGCCUGGAGAAUGGGCACGCCGCUGCCACAGAACAUUCAGCAUUGGUACACGGGAAGAUCUCUCCACCCAGUGACCUUCCACACGAGCACACUGCCCCUGUCGCCAUGCGGAUGCCGCACCUCCCCAUCACCGCGACAACCAAGACGGCGGAAAUGAAGGGCCCUGAUUCUCCCAGCAGCCCUGUUGGUUCUCGGUCAUCUCCAGUGUCUGAAACCUCACCUGCCAGCCAAUCAGCUGCUAGCACCAAAGAGGCCCAACUAACAGAGGAGCCUCUAAUUCAGCCAGUAUCUUCUACGUGGACCCCUACACCUAUCAGAGCUCUUGGAUCUCCCUGCCUUCAAGAGAAAGCAAAUUCAGCCCCCGCUAAGUCUGUGACCUACUCCGGGCUGCUUCAGCAUGACAGAGACGGCGAUGUAAGCAGUGACAGGUCCUUCGGGCAGGUGGGAGAGAGGAGGCGGGAGCUGGUGAGGUCACAGACUCUGCCACGUAACAUUGGUGCUCAGGCUCGUCGGUCUAUUUUUGAAAGACUGGACUCUGAAGCCAGUAACAGUCGCCCCAAACCAGUGGACUCCAAACCCAAACUGAAGCGGUCUCAGAGUUUUGGGGUGUCCAGUGCCAGCAGUAUCAAACAGAUCCUUCUUGAGUGGUGCCGGUCCAAGACCAUAGGCUACCAGAACAUUGACAUCCAGAACUUCUCAUCGAGUUGGAGUGACGGGAUGGCUUUCUGCGCUCUGGUGCACUCUUUCUUCCCCACUGAGUUUGACUACAACUCUCUGUCGCCCGCCAACCGCAAACACAACUUUGAACUGGCCUUUGGAACUGCAGAAGUGAAGGCAGGCUGCGACCGGUUGAUAGAGGUGGAGGACAUGAUGAUCAUGGGUCGUAAACCAGACCCCAUGUGUGUCUUCACCUACGUCCAGUCCCUCUACAACCACCUGCGGAAGUUUGAGUAAAGUCCAAAAGCUGAGGAUGUAAUUUGUUGCACGGUUCCACUCUUUCACUCGUCUUCUUUCAACCUCUUCAUCGGUCCGAGUGGGGAUCCAGAACCAGCAUGGGAGCGCUUUGAAAAGACUACACUGUCCCCUGGUGGUGGGUUAGUGUCCAUUCCUCCACAUGCUGCAAGAAAAAUGCCCCCACCUCAGGUCACAGAUACACAGUGGGCUGAGACUGUGUGCUGUGUAUGUUUGUGUCCUGCGAUGUUAACUGUAAUGAAGAAGAUGAAUUCACAGAGAAAUGUUGAUUUUUCAACUCAAGCUGUUCCUCACUCUCCCUUUCUUUCUCUCUCUUUCUGUGUGUGUGUGUGUGUGUGUGUGUGAUUGUGUGUGUUGCAUAAAUCUUUAUUAUGGUCACACCUGUUUGACAGUGAGAGUCCACAUUAACCUUCAAUGUUGCACCAAUGGAAAGUUUCACUGAGUAAGAAAACUGCGGGCAACUGUUUGUGAUGGCGCAGAGCACACUGUGGGGCAGAAUGUCUGACAAAAUAUUAUGGGAACUAAAAUGAUGUGUUUGUCAAAUACGGCUGAUUGCUGACUGAUAUUUACAUCCACAUAUGCUGCGAUAUUGUGUAAAAUCAAUAAAUUGUACUG